GUCGGUACAUUCGUAGGACACACACACACGCAUACACGCACAUCACGCAAACGCACCCGAUCAAGAUGACCGUUUCCAGGAGCAACAGCGGCAGCAGCAGCAGCACGAGCGGCGGUGGACGUUGGACGUUGUUGUGCGUGGCCGCUCUGGCGUUCGGCCGGUCGGACGCUUGCGGCCACGCCGAAGACCCGGUGGCUUGCCUCAAGAUGAAGGCCAUCGCCACGCUCGACCGGGCGUCCCGGGCGGACAGCAUACCGCUGGCGGAUUCGCUGAGCCUGGUGCGACGGGACGGCGACCGUCCGGACCGCGCCGGCAGGGCCGUCACCGAGACCGAACUCGAAGCCGCGGUACCGGCCGCCGGCGAUCCGGACACCAGGCACGACAAGCUCAACCGCAUGUUGUUCGACACCGUGGCCAGGCUGAUCAACGGUUACGUGCUCAGAAUCGGAUUGCCCAGCAUGACACCCGAACAGCUGAGGACAUCCAUCGAAGAAGGACGAGGAAAAAUGAAGAAAACCAUGGGCAUGAUGAUGACUGGCAUGGCGAUGAAAGCCAUGAUGAUCAUCCCGUUGGCGAUCGGCGUGCUGUUCCUGAUGGCCGGCAAAGCCUUGAUCAUUAGUAAAAUCGCUCUGAUCCUGUCGUUGAUCAUCGCACUCAAGAAGCUGAUGAUGAGCAAGUCCUCCGAGCACGUGGUGCACGAGGCGCAUCCGUCAAGUGGUUGGGCGUCGGGCGGCGGUGCGGGCGGUGGAUGGGACAAGAGGUCGGCGUCGGUGGCCAAUCAAAUGGCGUACAGCUCAUACAAGCAAUAAGAUGCCAUCAAAGCGAACAACUUAACUAAUCAACGUCUCUGUGUGUAUGAUGUCAUUGAUUUUAUAAUAUUCACAGAAAACCAGACUUAACUGAUCUAUACACGAACCCGAAGGCGGCCGAUUUCAAACGGUAUUUCCGCAGAUAAAAAUUAAAAUAUGGAAAUCCCGCAUGAAAACGGUUGCCGCGCCGGAUUUAUGUGCAGCGAGUGGCUUAUUUGUAUAUUAUAAAAUCAACGAUGUUAACGAUUUUCAUAUUUAUUAUCGCGCCUUAAAUUAUUUAUUGAUCAUAAUAUUAUUAUUUAUUUGUAGCGUAGUUAGUUUUUUUAGCGGUCGCGUGCCUAUUAUAACCGCGACGCCGACAUCUCAUGUCUUGUGUGUUAUUUUAUUAAUUUAUUAUUAUCGCAUGUGUAGUCAAAUAUAACGAAAUUAUCAACACGUGAAAAAUAUUAUUUUUAUUUGCCAUUACUGUAUUAUUAACAGCUAUGAAAUCAACGAAAAGAUCUUGA